CAUGCAACAAGAUAUCCUUAUUUGAUUCACCACAGAACUUACUGCUCAACAGUCUCAGUAACCAUGGAAAAUAUGCCAUCAGGAAAGCUCCACACAAACAAGCGAAAAAUCCUAAUCCUCUCCGCAUUCCUCUCUCUCCUCGUCCUCGCCGCCAUCUCCAUCCCCCUCGCCCGCCACAUCCACCACGCCGCCGCCGCCGCCGCCGUAAUAAGGUCCACCUGCGCCGCCACAUUGUACCCAGAGCUCUGCCUCUCCACCUUGGCUGCGGCGGCCCCAAAGGCUGCCGCAGUCAAGAGCAGCAGGGAUGUGCUUAUCACGGCCCUGCGCUACACCAUCUCCACGGUGGAGCGCAACUACUUCACCGUGCGGAAAGUCGGCCGCGCUCGGCGGCAGUCGCUAACGGCGCGCGAGAAGGGCGCCCUCCACGACUGCCUCGAGACGAUCGACGACACCCUGGACGAGCUCCGCCUCAGCGAGGCAGAGCUCGCCGACCUGGGGCGGCUCGGGAACUCCUCCCUCGCCGCCCACAAGGAGAAUCUCCUCACCCUCCUUUCCGCCGCCCAGACCAACCAGGACUCGUGUCUGGACGGCUUCUCCCACGACGGCGCGGACCAGAAGGUCCGCGCCGCGCUGGUAGCCGGCCAGACGCACGUGUUCCGCCUCGUCAGCAAUGUGAUGGCCAUCAUCAAGGACUUGUCGUUUAAGGAGUCGGCGGCCGAGGGGAGGAGGCUGCCGGAGAAGUGGCCGGAGUGGCUGCCGGCGGGAGACCGGCGGCUGCUGCAGGAGUCGGCGGCGGUGGAGGCGAAUGUGACGGUGGCGGCAGACGGGAGUGGGGACUACCUGACGGUGUCGGAGGCGGUGGCGGACGCGCCGCUGAAGAGUAGCCGGAGGUAUGUGAUUCGGAUAAAAGCCGGGGUUUAUAGGGAGAAUGUGGUGAUACCGAAGAAGAAGACGAACUUGAUGUUCGUCGGGGAUGGCCGGACAACCACCAUUAUCACCGCAAGCAAGAACGUCGUCGACGGCAGCACUACCUUCAAUUCCGCCACCGUUGCGGUGGUCGGCGGCGGCUUCCUCGCCCGGGACAUCACGUUCGAGAACACGGCAGGCCCAUCGAAGCACCAGGCAGUCGCCCUCCGCGUGAACGCCGACCUAUGCGCCUUCUACCGGUGCGACAUGCUCGCCUACCAGGACACCCUCUACGUCCACUCCCUCCGCCAGUUCUACACCGGCUGCCUCAUCUCCGGCACCGUCGACUUCAUCUUCGGGAACGCCGAGGUCGUCUUCCAAGACUGCGACAUCCACGCGCGCCGCCCCAACCCGGGCCAGCGCAACAUGGUCACCGCCCAGAGCCGCAAAGACCCGAACCAGAACACCGGCAUCGUCAUCCACGGCUGCCGCGUCGGUGCCACGUCGGACCUCCGGCCGGUGCAAGGCGACUUUCCGACCUACCUCGGCCGGCCGUGGAAGGAGUAUGCGAGAACCGUCGUGAUGCAGAGUGAGAUUUCCGAUGUGAUAUCUCCGGCGGGAUGGCAUGAGUGGAGCGGCGACUUUGCGCUUGCUACUCUGUUCUAUGCGGAGUAUGGGAAUACCGGCGCCGGGGCCGGGACGGAGGGGAGGGUGGAUUGGGAGGGGUUUAGGGUGCUAAUGAGCGCGGAGGAGGCGGAGGAGUUUACGGUGGGGAAUUUUAUCGGAGGUGGGAAUUGGCUGCCGGAGACUGGCUUUCCUCACUCUCUUGGCCUUUGAUUGUCUCAUUUUUUGUGUUCUUCCUUUUGAUUUAUGUGGUGAAAUUAUAUGACGUGAUGAAAUUAUUUUUUGGAUGGUUGUAGUCUUGAAUUUUGAUUCAUGAGACUCGAUAUUGAUUUGUGGCAUUGAUAAUUUCAAACAA